GCAGGUCAGGCAGCGUCUGUGGAGAGGAACAAAUAGUCAACAUUACCGGCUGAGACCCUUCAUCGGGAACUUCAGAAGUUCUGAGAAAGGUCUGGGCCGGAAACGUCGACUGUUUCCCUGGCUGAGUUCCUCCAGCGUUUCGUGUACGUUAAUAGAGAGACGGGGUUUUCGCCUAUUACUUAAGCGGAAGGUUAAUUCUGUUUCCCGGAUAGAUAACGAAUGGGUGAAAUAGGUCCACAUUAGUGACGUGCUGUUUGGGCUCCCAGCUGGAAGUGUUUCCGCUCCCUGUUUCCAUACUGUAUGUUCCCGAGUCAUACCGACCUCGGCGCAUGCCUUGAGGUUUGAACCUGCAGAGGUCGCAUCCAAAUCAGAGCCAGGAAAUGAAUCACCGCCUUGCUCCUAUAAAAGCGCGGAGACUGCGGGCAUAUCGCAAUCUGUUCUUUCAACACACUCGCAGGGAGUCUCAGUGCGUUCCCGCUCCCUUUAGGCGCCAGGCAAAGGUUCACCAUGUCCAUCGUCACCCAGGUGUGGCACACUCAGGCAACCUCUCCCACAGAGCCUCCUGAUGGGAAACCCGUGGAAGGCUCCGACAGGGCUUCCAUUGAAGGCUUGGAAUGCACCAUCUGCUUCAGCUCCUACGACAACACCUUCAAGACCCCGAAGCUGCUGGAAUGCCAGCACACUUUCUGCUUGGAGUGCCUGUCCAGGCUAAUGGCUACAAUGCCAGCCGAACAGGCUGGUGACAUUGUCUGCCCCCUCUGCAGGCACCAAACGGCAGUGCCCGACAAUGGGACUCCUGCCCUCCAAACCAGCCAGGACCUGCUCGCCAAGCUCCCUCCUCAACUACAACUCGAAGAGUCGGUGUGGGUGGAGGGCAAGAAACUAUGCCGUAAAAAGAGCUCGGUCGAUUCCGGUACCGCUGACCUUUGCAUUUGCAUUGAUAUUGGUGAGGACAAACAAGAGAAUUCACCUCCUGAGCCAGACAGCAGCAAUGAAGGACAGAGUUGUUUUUCCUUCCUUGGUGACUGGAAGAGGCUAGUUCUAUUUAUAGUGGUGCUGAUUAUGUUCGCCGGUAUCGUGCUAUGGCCAGUCCAAUGUAUGCUUGUCACAAAAAACCUGAGCUGUGCUCCGAACCAUCCAGAAGCAACACCUGAGCCAGCGAGCACACUUGUUCCAUCCACCAUCCCCUUUUGAAGAAGUCCCACGCAUGAUCGUUUUUCCUCAGGGUUGAAGGAUUCCCAAACGGGAAACCACAGCUGCUCUCUACGGCAUUUCAAACUAAUCGCAGCGAUACUGAAGUGAAGUUUCCCAUCGAGGGAGACAAUUGAUUUUACUGUUUACUAACUUUGUGAUUUGCAUGUACAAUGAUCUAGAGGGAGCAAUACGAACAUGUAUUGGCCACAGUCAGAUACUUGAGGGCUAGACGAGGCGUCGGCUUGUUUGAUGUUCUUCCUGCUGCCACAAAUUGACUGAAAUGAAUUUGCUCACUCCUGCACUAACCGACAUGUUUCCUCAAAGUUUUAUUUGAGAAUAUAUUCACUCCAGAGAACACCGAAGAUCUAUAAACUAUAUUCAUUGAUACUUGUUUGCACAGUGAUAUGUAAGCACUUUCAAUACAUUGUUAUUUGGAAAAUGUAUAAAUCUUUAUACUUAUGGAGAAAACCUCUGGUUUAGAGGGCAAGAGAAUAUGGAAUACAGUUGUAACCUUGGUAUGCAAGGCAACAAUGUGCAACAUCGGUAAAAUGAAGUAGUAUUGAUGCAGAAUUGAUCAUUUUCUGAAGAGUUUUGUAAGGACAGCAGGGGAAGGUUUAUAAUUUUCAAGAAAAAACCCUAAACCUACUGCCUGAUAACACACAUAAAAUGGGAGAGGAACUCAGCAGGUCAGGGACAAUCUAUGAAUGUCAACGUUUCAGGCCAAGAACCACGGUCUUGAUGAAGGGUCUUGGCCCAAAACAUUGACUGUUUAUUUCUGUUUAAACUACCUAGUCCCAUUUACCCACACCUGGACCAUAACCCUCCAUACUGCUCCCAUCCCUGUACUUAUCCAAACUUCCCUUAAAUGUUGCAAUCGAACCCACAUCCACCAUAUCUGCUGACAGCUCGUUCCACACUCCCAUCAACUCCUGACUGAAGAAGUAUCCUGUCAUGUUCCCCGUUCACCCUUAACUCAUGACCUCAAGUUCUAGUCUCUCCCAACCUCAGUGGAAAAAGCCUGCUUGCAUUAACCCUCACAAUGGUGUAUACCUCUUUCAAGUCUCCCCUCAGUCUCCUAUGCUCAGGAAUAAAGUCCUAACUAUUCAAUAUUAACUUAUAACUCAGGUGGCAAUAUGAAACAGUUGCUGACGGGAUGAGGUGAGACUCCAAACGUAGCAUUCCACACCCUCCCCUUUGGACUGUUAAUGCCAAAUUAUACUUAUGGGAUAUUUCUGAAUGAGAGAGCCUGUGAAAAACAGAGCUGGUGUUAACUUUCCAGUUUUGCAAUGAGGUACUUUAAGGCUUGUUCCAUGGGAAAGCCCCAAAACAGCUGUGAGAACUCAAUGAGAUCCUGCCUAUCCAGGAUCACCUGAAGCUUUCUUCAUGAUUGUUCCAUUAAAUUCUUGUCACUGGCAAGCUGUUUUUUUACAUGUACUCCACGUUCUUGAUAUUGAUGAAUUAUGUAUAUACUGUAAAUAAUGUAUAA